UGAGUUGACCAUUGACCAACAACGCACGAGAACCAUCUUCUUAAAUCAGAUGCUUCUACUUCGUCAUUUGGACAUGGAGUUGGAGGAACGAGACAAUAUAGCAUUUUCUUCUUGAUCUAUCUUCAGCUUUCAUCCCUUCGAUCGGACAUGGCAGAUGCUUUCACCGAUGAACAGAUUCAAGAGUUCUACGAAGCCUUCUGUCUCAUCGAUAAAGACUCCGAUGGGUGCAUAACGAUGGAGGAGUUGACAAAGGUGAUGAGAUCAAUGGGGAAAACCCCAAAGAGAGAAGAAUUGGAAGAGAUGAUGAAGGAGAUGGAUGUCUAUGGCAACGGCGGAGUCAACUUUGAAGAUUUCUUGUUUAUCAUCGCUCAUAACACCAAGGAGGAAGGAGAUGAGCUGAGUGAAGUGUUCAGAGUGUUCGACAGAGACGGAGACGGAUUGAUAUCAGCGGGGGAGCUGGGGCAAGGAAUGAAGGAUAUGGGGAUGAAGACAACGGAGGAGGAGGCAGAGCAUAUGGUCCGCGAGGCCGAUCUCGACGGCGACGGGUUCCUCUCUUUCCAGGAGUUUGCUAAAAUGAUGAUCGCUGCCUCUUUCUAGUGUAUUUUUUUUUUCCGAGUUGUGGAUUGGGAUGAUAUGAACAACUUGGCGUUUCUAGUAAACACAAAGGGAUCGCGUAAUGGGGAUUGUCGAA